GUGUUGUGUUUUUUUGAUUCCUGAACGCCUUGAGGACUGCAACGCGCUGGACUCGAAGCAGGGGAAGCGUUCCCACACGCCCAGACAAGUCUUGGAGGAGGUCCGGGCCAUGCGGAACUUGCCCCGCAAAGCCCGCACCGUACUGUUUGAGAUGGCCAAGCGUGACAGAGAUGUGGACCGAAUGUCGGCCGCCAUCGCCUUCGCGGAAGGCAAGGUGUCCUUUGGCGCUGGGAUAAAGAGCAUCGUCUACAUGGACAAUGUCGCAGAAUCUGUUCGCUUUGCCAGGUUCGACAUGGUGACCAGCCUACUUGCGGAGUUUAAGAGCGAGGAUAUGUUCGGCGUGCGCAUCUCGGACGAUGACUGGAAGCUCUUCUUCGUUGGUGUCAUCGAGGCGAGCGCGCUCAAGACGAUGUCUGGUUUGAGCCUGAGUCCGAAGGCCGGCGACGCCGAUCACAAGAGCAUCAGGAACGGCAUUGGCGAGCUCCAUCAGGUCGCAGCGAUCGCCUUGAAGCACCCCGACCUGCUCGACAGCGAAUCGAUUACUGACCUGAACUCCUUGGAGGCUUCCACGUCGGUGAUCUCAUCCGAACUCGACGUUUCUGUGAACGAUGCUGACAGGGCAGCCGCGGUGAUCAUCGAAUUGGACAAUCAGAGGCGCCAGUUCAAAUGGGUGAAGACUGAGAUCGAAGAUGAGAUCAACAAGCUGACGGAGGAGCGAACGCAGACCGCCCCCUUUGAAAGCGCUGCCCAAGCCCUCGACGCCAUGUUCGCGGACCGGGGCGGGCACGAGUGCUACGCAGCCCAGCUGGAGCAGUCGAUCAUGUCGAUCAUGGAUCUCGUGAACGUCGAGGGCGCCAAGGAUGGGAACGCGAAGCUAUUCUUCAAGGUGGUCGGCAAGAUUUGCGCGAUGAGCGUCCAGAAAUCCGAGGAGGUAACAACCGCAAUGGUGGAUAUAAUGGACAGGGUACUCGAAGUCGAAGUUAGUAGUCGCAGUGAGGAGACCCCGACGAAGAUCAUCGACACCGCUAUGGUGACGAACCUUGCAUCGCGCAUUGGAGCGCCCAAUCUGAAGAUCACCCUGGCACGCGUUGUCCCAUUAAGCCCGCUGCAGGCCGAUAUGAAGAACGUGGAGGAGUUCAUCAACAGGUGGCAGGCGGCUUUGACGCAAGCGAAGGCAGCGCUGGCAGCAGCCAGCGGCGUGAGAGACGUUUGCAAGGCCAUCUACAACAACGCACCCGAGAUCGCAAAGAUCGUCGAGAAAUUCUCGGCCCUCAACCACCUGAAGGGCAAGUUCGAGGGUCAGAACCUGAGGAAUCGCAUCAACGCAUUCGAGGUCGCAUUCUCCAUCAAGGAUCAGGUGGAGCCGAUGCUUCAGAAGUCCUUGGGCACCUUGAAG